CAUUGAUCUCGAUUUUUGUUAUUUGAUAGAGAAUGACUUGGUCUCGCUGGUUCAAUUAUUGCAUUGAUCAAUCCAUCCAUUCACUCAUUCAUUCAUUUCAAUUUUUUUAUCCAUAAAAGGAUCAACCAAACAAGCAUCUUGGUGGCCAUCAAAUUUUCACUGUGCCUGUUCAACUUUAGUCUGCUGCGGUGACUGCCACCACCACCAUUACCACCACAUAAACAUCAGAUAUACGCUCACGCAUCUCCAAACAAAAACUUGUUGUUUUGUUAUUGUGCUUAUAUUAUUAUAAUGCGUAUAAUGUGUUUGUUAUUAUGAAAUAAAUAUUCGAUCUGAGUUUCCAUUUCUAGCAUUGGAUAAUUGUUUGCUCCAAAUUGUUUUUGUCCAAUUGGAUCAAAUGUGUUGAGAAAAAUGAAUGUUCCAGCUGAAAUCGGUGACAAUGUGAAAGUUGCCCGUGAAUGUUCCCUGUUGGGAAACUAUGAAACGGCCCUAAUCUAUUACCAAGGUGUUGUUCAACAAAUUCACCGUCAUUUGCAAACAAUAACUGACCAUAAUCUGAAGGAAAAAUGGCAAGAAGUUCAACAAAUCAUUGCUCAAGAAUAUGAAGUUGUUAAAGAUCUUCACCAAACAUUGUUAAAUUUCAAAGGUGAUCAUCACAAUUCACGACCGAUUGGUCCUCCCAAUUUAGCUGGAUCUGGUGGUGGUGGAUCUUCCGGAACCAAUGGUUCCAUCGAUCCUAGUCUUUUUGCUACCAUUUUACAAAAUGUUUCCUACGAUAAUUAUCGAGAUCCAGAUGUAUGGCCCGAACCGGUUGAUGUAAAUCACCAUCAUCGUUCAUCUAUGCCACCGCCGCCAUCAACAUCGUCUUCGAAUUGUCGUAAGCCUGGUCAUUCAUCAUCCUCAUCUUCCCAUCAUAAUAUUGGUUCUCGCAGUAUCACGCAGAAAUCCUCAAACCGAAACUCUGCUUCAUCCAAAGGUGGUCCUUCGAAAGAUCCACGAGCCAAAAGCAAAGACACAUCCAAUUCGAGAGCGUCGGACACAAAACGUCGAACAACAACAUCAAGCUCUGGUGCCAAUUCUAGCCAAACAAAUUCGAAUGGAAAUAAUGCUACCAAGUCAGCUGAUGAAUUGAACGAACAAAACAAAGAACGUCGUUUCGAAAUUCAUGGACCUGAUGCCGAAUUGGUGGAAAUGCUGGAACGUGAUAUUUUGCAAAAGAAUCCCGAUACACAUUGGGAUGACAUUGCCGAUCUGCAAGAAGCCAAACAUCUGCUAGAAGAAGCUGUGGUAUUGCCAAUGUGGAUGCCCGAUUUUUUUCGUGGCAUACGUCGACCAUGGAAAGGCGUAUUGAUGGUCGGACCACCAGGUACAGGCAAAACAAUGCUUGCUAAAGCUGUUGCCACUGAAUGUAAAACAACAUUCUUCAAUGUUUCAUCAACAACACUCACUUCCAAAUAUCGUGGUGAAUCGGAAAAAUUGGUUCGGUUAUUGUUUGAAAUGGCGCGUUUUUACGCUCCAUCCACUAUAUUUAUUGAUGAAAUCGAUUCACUUUGUUCGCGAAGAGGUUCCGAUAAUGAACAUGAAGCCAGUCGUAGAGUUAAAUCCGAAUUGCUGAUACAAAUGGAUGGCAUAACUAACAAUGAUGAUCCAUCCAAAGUAGUCAUGGUUUUGGCUGCUACCAAUUUUCCCUGGGACAUUGAUGAAGCAUUACGAAGACGUUUGGAAAAACGUAUCUACAUUCCAUUGCCCACGGCCGAAGGUCGCGAGGCAUUGCUUCGAAUCAAUUUACGCGAAGUGAAACAAGCAGAAAAUCUAGAUGUUGGCGAAAUUGCCCGACGUUUGGAUGGUUAUUCCGGUGCCGACAUAACUAAUGUUUGUCGAGAUGCUUGUAUGAUGGUUAUGCGACGUCGUAUACAAGGUCUGACGCCCGAACAAAUACGUUCGCUAUCGAAAGAAGAACUGGAUCUGCCGGUUACAUUCAAUGAUUUCGAAGAGGCAAUGCGCAAAAUUAACAAAUCCAUUUCACCCGAAGAUCUGAAAAAAUAUGAAAAAUGGAUGGCCGAAUUCGGUUCAACGUAAAUGGCAACGUUGAAAUUGUGAAAUUGUAAUUUUGUUUGAAAUGUUUUCUAACAAUUAUUUUCUAAAAUAAAACAUAU